AUGGAGCUCUAUCUGCACUUAUUCAUCCUCACAGGAGUUGUUAUUUUCUUGGCCACCUUACGGGCCUGGCUUACUCCAAGGAAGCUUUUUCCGCUGCCACCUGGACCGAAAGGGAAGCCCAUAAUUGGAAACUUACUCGAUCUUCCCGCGGCUGGCAAACAAGAGUGGCAACAUUGGCUCAAGCACAAAGAUCUGUAUGGCCCGCUAAGCUCCAUCACAAUAUUUGGACAAACAAUUAUUGUUAUCAAUGAUCGCCAGCUUGCGAGCAGAAUUCUGGACAAGAAUUCAGCGAAACAUUCAUCUCGCCCUAUUUCAAUAUUCGCCAAUGAAUUGUAG